UCUCCAACACCUCUGUUUCAGUCGAUCAUGGCAGUGACGCACCAACCGGGCCGAUUCCCCCCCUCUGAGUUUCAGACGGGACUCUGCUCCUUUUUCAGUGACUGCGGCACUUGCUUCUAUGGGCUGUGUUGCUUCCCAUGCCUUGGCUGCACCAUCGCCAGUGAUAUGGAUGAGUGCUGCCUGUGUGGUAUGACCAUGGCCAUGCGUAGUGUGUACAGGACUAAGUACAACAUCAAUGGCUCUCUAUGCAAUGACUUCAUGACGUAUAUGUGCUGUCAAAUAUGUGGUACUUGUCAGCUGAAGAGAGAUAUCGAUUUGAGAAAGGAACAGGGCAUUUUCUGAUUUCAGCAUUUUCUGAUUUCACAUUGAGGUGCAGGCCAUGCGGCCUGUGUGAGUGAGCCAAUAUCCCAAUGAAUAUAUUCACAUGUAAAAGAAAAUGUAUUGUGUAACUACACUGAAUAAAAUCUAUGUUUG